AUGAGCGUUGCUGCGAUGAUGCCACCAUCGCCUCGAAGUCCCAUUUGGAUGAUUAACAGCGAAUCAACUGCUAAUUUCGGGGUUAGAUCAUUCUGUUCAUCAAGUGGUGAACUAAAAACACUUUUACUAUCUAAUCUGAAAUUAGAAACGGUUGACAAAGACCAUGUAAACAAUCUCUCUAUACCUAUGAACAUGUUCUCAAGCAUAAAAGAUCACAACGCAUCAAGUAACAUAAUAGAAGAAAGCAUUUCCUAUGAGGAAAAACCAAUCGAUCACGUAAAUAAUGAAGAUAAUCUUAAUAAUUUAAUCGUCAAAAAUAAUUUUCAACAAGAAUUGCGUAAAUUAGAUAAUCCCACAAGAAAAACUAUCAUUUAUUUAUUUAAACGAAUAGCACUAAUCCAUCUGAAGAUAAAAUUCAUUGAAAAUAGUAUAAAUGAUGGUAAAUUUAUCCAAAGAUUGUUAUUUGAUAAACAAUUAACUGUUGAACUAUUGAAUUCACAAAAAACAAGUCAUGUAUGGGAAAUAAAUAUUCAUCCAAUGCUUAGCAAAUUCUUGAUUUUACUGUUUAAAAGUGAUAGUCAUUAUGUAACAACACCAAUGUUGGGUACUAGUCGAUAUUCACUAAAAACGGUAUCGGAUCCAAAUGAAAUUAUGUCAAAUUUUAAUUUAUUAAUUAGUAAUUUUUAUGAACAAAUAAAUCGAAUAGUUAUUACACAGAAUCAAUAUCAUUCAUUAAAUACUCGGUUGAAUCAAUUAACUGAAGAAUAUGCUAAACUUAAUUUAGAGAUUAAUAAAUUGAAGGCGUUAGUCGGCAGUCAGGUGAGUCAAACAAAGAAUACACCGAAUUAUAUGGUUACUGACGGCAUGAUUACGUCAGCUGAACUGAUUGGAAUAAACACUACUGAAAAUGAUUACGACGAUUCAGCGAAUCACAUUAAUUACGACAGAAAUUCACAAGUGAGUGAAGAUUCUUCACUCCCGGUCAGUACAGAAAUUGAAGUUAUCAUUGGAAAAAUUAAGAUACAUCCUAAUCAGUUAAGUUGUAUAAGAAAGCAAUGUACAGAAGCAAAACAAGAAAAGGCUAAACAGUUAAAUCCCACGAAAGGAAAAGAGUUAAAAAUAAAGAAAUUUCUUAGAAAUAACACAAGUAUGCAAUAUGAAGAGGAUGAGAAAGAAGACAACGAAGAAUUCUCAAACACAUCUCAAAGAUAUCUACUUCAAAAGAAGAUAACUCUAAAUCACAAAAGUGAAAAUAUUACAUUUAUGAAUAGGAAACAUAAACAGAAUGAAAUUCACUACUCUACUCUAUGUCAGAAACAAAUAAAACCAGUAUUUAAACAGCCUGCCAUAUUGUACCGAAUGAAACCACUGUAUUUCAGAUCUUCAAUGGAAUCUCUCAAAAUAUUAGAAUUGUUCAGUCUAACCUUUCCAUCGUAUUUACAAAAUGAAAUAAUCAAUUCACCUGUGAAUCUAAAACCUAAUAUUUUAAGAUACAUACUACAACAGUCAGGUAUUCUUUUACUUCUAACAUCAGAAAAUCAUCUUAAAUAUGUUAACAAACAUUUACUUGGUACAGACACUUAUCUAUGUAUGAAAGAAAUUAUAACUCAGAAAUUACUAAAUGAUUCAAGUUUAAAGCUAUGCACACUAACUGGAUUUAAAUAUAUGGAUAGCAAAGAACAACUGGAUGAUAUAACAACGAAUGACGUCUCAUCUUCAUCUGACUCAUUUCUAUCUUCUGAUUUACAACUUGUUUUACAUGAUGAAAACCUUGAAACGACUAGUUAUGAGUAUAUUGAAGAAUUUCUUAAUGACAAUAUUGACUUUAAUGUGAAUAUAACUUGUACAAAUGAUACUGGUGUGGGUUUUGGUACUACUGACAUUGACAAUUUCUUAUGCUAUCAUCAAUCAACAGAAUACAAUGUGCAUUUAUUUAGUACAAUUGACAUUCUGUUAGUUUGUUUUUGUGUUGUCAGCUUGUUAGUGUCAUUUUGGCAUUUUAAUGUGACCUGGCAACUUGUCUUGGUGUUCAUUUGUGCUUGCUGGUACUUUGUUUAUGAAUGA